AUGACCUUCGGCUCGAAGACCGUCCUGCCCAAGCACAGCGCUGGCAACGUCGAGUACCUCGAGGUCCGCCGUCGUGACGGCACAGUCAUCAUUCUGCCCGGACCCGCCGCCCGCUUCUUUGACCCCGUCGAGGACAUCUCGGUGCACGUUCGCGAGGCGCGUCUGAUCGACGCCUCUGAGGCGCUGGUCGUGUACCGCCACACGGCCAACAAGGUUGGGGAGCCGCACGUCGAGCGGAGGGUGGUCCUCGGGCCCGCGCGCUUUAUCCCGAGCGCCGACGAGUGGGUCCACGAGUUUGAGUGGAGCGGCGUGCCGCAGGAUGGCUCAAAGACAACCUACCAGCCGAAGGCGCUUCGCUUCACGAAGCUGCGC